GGCGUCGUUUCGACUGUUUUCCCCGAACCUUUGCUCUCUUGCGUUUCGCGGCAAUGGCGGCGGCGACGGCAAAUGACGACAACGGCGUCGAUAACCACCUUAAGCCGGAUUCUGAACCGGCUCCGGCCAACCUCUCCCCUCCGGCGGAGCAGAAACCUCUGUCUAAGAACGCGCAGAAGAAGCAACUGAAGCAGCAAAGAUACGAAGCGAAGAAAGCUGAGAAGAAGGCGCAGGAGAAGGAGCACAAGAGGAAGGAAGGCGAGAGAAAGCACAAGGAGUGGGAGGAAACUCUAGCGAACGCCACGGAGGAAGAGAGGCUGAAGCUGAUCGAGUCGAGGAAGAGUCUCCGUAAGGAGAGGAUGGAUAAGAGGUCGGAGGAGAAAGAGAAGAAGAUGGAACGGCUCACUCGAGCCAAAGAGAUUGGUCAAAACGUCGUCGUAGAUGUUGAUUUCGCCCAUCUCAUGUCCGAGUCAGAGAUCUCCAGCCUCGUUCAGCAGAUAAUGUAUUGCUAUGCGGUGAAUGGGAGAAGCACGUCCCCUUGUCAUCUAUGGCUAACGGGAAUCAAAGGGGAGAUGAGUAGGCAGCUUGAUAAGCUUCCAGGUUUUGAGAAAUGGUUUAUAGAGAAGGAGAGUCGGUGUUACAUUGAGGCUAUGGCUGAUCGGAAAGAGAGUUUGGUGUACCUUACGGCUGACUCUGAGGCUGUUUUGGAUGAGCUUGACCCCAAGAGUAUCUACAUAAUUGGUGGCUUAGUGGAUCGAAACCGGUUCAAAGGGAUCACCAUGAAUAAGGCACAAGAACAAGGCAUUAAAACAGCUAAGCUUCCUAUAGGGGAGUACAUGAAAAUGUCUAGCUCUCAGGUUCUCACUGUGAACCAAGUUGUGGAGAUACUCGUGAAGUUUAUGGAGACGAGGGACUGGAAAACAUCCUUCUUCACUGUGAUUCCUCAGAGGAAACGAACUGGAGUUGAUCCUAUAGAUGGUGAUGAGGACAAUAGUGUGGAGAAACACGAUCUUCUGGAGAGGAAAAAGUUAUGCGUUGAAGUUCCUCUGGAAAGUGGUAGUUAGAUGAAGAUUAUGCAUUUGAUAUUUGUUUCUAUUUCCUGUUUAACACUUUGUAUGUUGAGUCAAGGAUCAAUUCAAAAUUUUCACUGUCGUUUUCCUA